AUGAACACAACAGCAAAUGGAAGCUGCUUCAGUUUGAUAAAUCCAGAAGCACUAAAAAUUGGGCUAACUGUUGCUCUCAGCCUGAUACUUGUUGUUUCUUUGGUUGGAAAUUCUCUCAUCGUAUUAAUUGUUUACAAAACACCAACUUUGAGAAAACCGAUAAAUAUGUUGAUCGCAAAUAUGGCCAUUUCCGACCUGCUCUAUCCAAUAUUCUUUGUUCCUGCUCGUCUGGCAGAAGAGCACGCCGGCUCGUGGCUUAUUGGUGGUACCCUCGGUCAGGCCUUGUGCAAGCUACACUCUUUUCUUUCAGACCUUUCCUCGUUAGUAUCGAUUCAGAGCCUUGUUCUGAUAACAGUGGAUCGAUUUGUAGCUGUUGUAGUUCCACUCCGUUCCCCUCUCAUAAGUAGAAAGCUGUGUCUAUUCUUCAUUGUCGCUUCGUGGAUCGUCGCAAUGGCCGUUCAUUCGCCAUAUCUUGUUGCUUUAAAACUUGUUAAAUACCCAGAAGGACUGAGGUGCGAACUUCUGUGGCAGGAAGCCUUCCAAGGAAACACAUAUCCAAAUUACUUCCUAGCAUGUGCUAUCGUGUUUUUCUACAUUCCGUUUGUCCUCUUGGUGAUACUUUACUCCAUCAUCCUGAUCAAGCUUAAAACGCAAGUCCAUCCAGGUGAACAGUCAGCCAACGCUGAGGAACAGAGGGCAAGAAGAAACAGAAACGCGCUUAAGAUGGCCACUGCUAUCGUGGUAGUGUUUUUCAUUUGCUGGAUACCCUUUCUUAGUAACGCGAUAAUAGACAGUUUCAGUGCACCAGACAGUCUUAUUAUUUCUUCUUGUAGUUUUUAUCGAUACUUUAAUGUCACCUUCUUUAUGGCUUACGCAAACUGUGCUAUUAACCCGAUUAUCUGCCUCAUUCUUAACAGUAACUACCGCCAAGCUCUUAAGAGACUUGUGAGUUGCUGUGCCGCCGAUGCAGUGGAACAUUAA